UAGGUCCAAUAUCGCGCUGUGGAGGAGUCACCGGCUCGUCUCACGUGUCUUUGCCCUGAACAGUGAGCGCGUAAAGGGUUAAAGCUCACCUCUUCGCCGCGGAUUGAGAUUCCGCGCGGCAGGUUCCGCUCUCGGCGCGCUCACUCCGCGGGCAGCGCUGGCUCGGGCUCGCUGUGGAUUGUGGGAGUCGAGUCUAGGACACUACCCAGGCUGUUACCGGAGACGCGAAGACGCAUUCCCUCCGCUGUGCUCGCCUCGUUUGUCCUGAGUCGGUAGCAGAGCGGCGCCAUGUCGAGCCGAGGAGGAAAGAAGAAGACGACCAAAACGUCGCGCUCCACCAAAGCCGGCGUGAUCUUCCCCGUGGGACGAAUGCUGCGCUACAUCAAGAGAGGACUCCCCAAGUACCGCAUCGGGGUGGGGGCUCCGGUGUACCUGGCCGCCGUCCUCGAGUAUCUGACCGCUGAGAUCCUGGAGCUGGCAGGAAACGCAGCCCGAGACAAUAAGAAGGGUCGCGUCACACCUCGUCACAUCCUCCUCGCCAUCGCCAACGACGAAGAGCUCAACCAGCUGCUCAAAGGCGUGACAAUCGCGGCUGGAGGAGUCCUGCCCAACAUCCACCCGGAGCUGCUGGCCAAAAAGAGAGGAGCCAAGGGAAAACUGGAGGCGCCGGUGUCUCCUGCUCCAGAGAAGAAGCCCAAGAAGAAACCAGCCACCAGGAAACUGAGCGGCAAGAAGCUCGGCCGCCCCAAGAAGCAGACUGGAGAGGUCAGCAAGGCGGCCUCAGCAGACAGCACCACAGAGGGUGCAAUCGGGGACAGCUUCACUGUCCUGUCCACCAAGAGCCUCUUCCUGGGUCAAAAGCUGAACCUUAUCCACAGUGAGGUCAGUAACCUGGCCGGCUUCGACGUGGAGGGCGUCAUUAACCCCACCAACGCCGAACUCGAACUCAAGGACGAUUUGGGAACUGCUCUGGAGAAGAAAGGAGGCAAAGAGUUUGCAGAAGCGGUACAGGAGCUCAAGAAGAAAAACGGCCCCCUGGAGGUGGCUGGGGCGGUGCUGACGUCGGGCUUCGGUCUCCCUGCGAAGUACGUGAUCCACUGCCACAGUCCCGGCUGGGGCUCGGACAAAUGUGAGGAGCUUUUGGACAAAACCGUGAGGAACUGUUUGGCUUUAGCCGACGAGAAGAAACUCAAGUCUGUGGCCUUCCCCUCCAUCGGCAGCGGACGGAACGGCUUCCCAAAGCAGACAGCAGCGCAGCUCAUCCUGAAGGCCAUCUCCAGUUAUUUCGUGGCGACAAUGUCUUCCACCAUCAAAACGGUUUACUUCGUCCUGUUCGACAGCGAGAGCAUCGGCAUCUACGUCCAGGAGAUGGCCAAGCUCGAGACCAGCUAAGGCUAAUGCUCACGGCUAACAGCUAAAGCUAACGCAGUCCUCUGUACAUGAAGAAUCUUUCUAAGGCUGGGAAUUGUUGACAAAAUUCAUAAAUAAUUUCAGUUUUUGUGUCGUGUUCUGAAAAUUUCAUGUUAUUUUUGCCUUUAUUUAAACAGGCAAAAACAGCACUGCAGAGAUUUCAAAUUUCAGACAAUUAAAUGCCAAAAGAAUGAUCAAAUUAUGUUUUAUAUAUAUCUAUACCUAGAAUAUUACGGUAGCUUUUAUUACAGCAAAACUAGUCACUGUGAUUUGGCCAAUUUUUGCGCCAGAUGCCCUCCCUUUCACACCCUACAUACUACAUACUGUGACUGAAGUAGGUUUAAGGGGUGAAGUGUCAUGAGGACAGUGAGGUUUGAACCACCACCGUCUCGUUUGUGGGUGAAUGCUUCGCUCACUUCAUCUUUGUCAGCCAUUUAAAUGCAAAAAAAUGAAAGGCAAGCUAUAAAAAAGUGGUUGAUAGAACUGUUUAAAAAACUUCUAUCCUCUGCUCCACCUGACCCUCUCCUCUGCACCUCUGACCUUCUCCUCUGCAUCUUCUUCUCCUCUGACCCUCUCCUCUGUCCCUCUGACCCUCUCCUCUGUCCCUCUGACCCUCCCCUCUUUAUCCUCUGCUCCUCUGACCCUCCCCUCUGCAUCUUCUUCUCCUCUGUCCCUCUGACCCUCUCCUCUGUCCCUCUGACCCUCCCCUCUUUAUCCUCUGCUCCUCUGACCCUCUGACCCUCUCCUCUGCAUCUUCUUCUCCUCUGUCCCUCUGACCCUCUCCUCUGUCCCUCUGACCCUCUCCUCUCAUCCCCUGAAUAAUGUUGCCGCUUUAGUCAGUGUGUUAGUUAUUCAUAAACGGUCCCUUUAAUUAUUAUAAGAUUCCAUGAUCGUGCAUUAUAUUUUGGAGAUUUGUGGCCUCUGCAGUGCUCAUCGGUUCCUAUUGUGUGUUUGUACGUGUUAUAUUGAUGGAGUAAUUGUGAAACUUUAUGGUAAAAAAAAUAUGGGACUGUAGAUUUUUACUUUGAUUUUCAUAAAGAUCCUUUAAGACGCAGAAAGAAAAAACAUGAUUAAGUAGAUUCUGUGUUUCUGUCUUUGUUCGACCCCAUUGCACUUGUAGCUGCUUUAGAUUUUUGUUUUGUUUUUUUCCACUGUUCCACCUCUAGAUGGCGCUAUAUAGUUUACAAUUGGACUGGCUCCUCCAUGGUUUUCCCUGCAGCAGAUUUGAGUUGGGAUUUAAUUGGGACUCAUCGAGGAUCUAAACACGGACUGCGCUAUUUCCGCGGCAUUUUGGACUUUUCCGAAUUACCUUUUCUUAUGUAAAAAAACAGAAAUGUAAAAUGCUUUCUAAGGAUUACAAAAGCUCUGUACACUCAAGUAAUAAAAUCAUUGAAAAACUCACAA